GCGCGCCGGAUGCGCGUCACGGAGCGGCGCGCCCGGCCCGGCCCGUCCCGGCGCGGCCGCCGCGAUGAACAGCGUGGGUGAGGCGUGCACCGAGCUGAAGCGCGAGUACGACCAGUGCUUCAACCGCUGGUUCGCCGAGAAGUUCCUCAAGGGCGACAGCGCCGGCGACCCCUGCGGGCAGCUCUUCAAGCGCUACCAGCUCUGCGUGCAGAAAGCAAUCAAGGAAAAGGACAUACCCAUUGAGGGCCUGGAGUUCAUGGGCCCAAGUAAAGGAAAAACUGAGAACUCCUCUUGAUGUUGGCUGUAUGGGUGGAGUCACUAAUAGGAGCCUUUGGACUAAGCACCAUCGCCAGGUGUACCACACAUGCCACCUGGAGAAGACCUUUGUUAACUGCUUUCUAGGAAGUGACACAUGUUCUCUGCUUGUGAAAACAAACAGCUGAAAGAAAGAAAAAAAAAAAAAAAGACUGGACUACGUGGUAACUGCUGCCUCCUCCCAGUGAAACUUGGUGGUGGUUCAGCAUCUAACGGCUUAAAACUCCAUGUGAACUAAUUUCCUACUGAAUGUACUCUGUAAUGGGGGAAUGCUGCUUGGAGUGGGCUGAGAUGGGUUCUUUGUGACUGAUUUCUCUUGCUUAUUUAUGUAACACUUGAAAGUGUUUCAAAAGAAUAUGAAGGGGGUUGAUGCACUUUCUAUCAUCUCUAUGCUGCUGAAUUUUGGUGAUGAAAUUAGUUUCUUGUAAUCCUGAAUGCUGAAGGGCUUAAGCACUGUUUUGUGUCAGCUACAGAGAUGGUUUAAGAGCACUAGUGGACCUGCAACAGCUUGGCUAAAAUAAAUACAACCAGGUUAUAUUUUGUUCAAGUAGGUAACUGUGCAGUAGAGUCUGACUGUGCCCCCUGGGAGGGAUGGAAGUGGCCUGCUCAGCAGCUGAAGAGGAGCCUUCUGAUGCAGAGGUUACUUCAGCCUUUUCUGAGAGACCGACACAUCCAUGAACUUGAAUUCUCUCUCCUUUAGCAUUACACAUUUCUGGGGUUUGAUCCUCACACACGGAUGAGGCAAAGCUUGCACCUCUCCUUUCACCAACACUGGUAAAAAAGAUAUUAUGGUCUGGGGACAAAAGAUAACUUCAUAAUUCUAGAAUUACAGUGAGAAAAAAAUAAAGCUUCGCUCUCUGCUUUUAAUUACUACUAAUUAUUUAAAGGUUUUACUUAAAAAAAAAAUAAAAUAAAAAGGUGCAGUUCUCAAACAUUAUAGCUGGCCUGGCUGCACCACAGCCCCUCGUAGACCCCAGACACCGAGUCCUGAGGGCCUUGUGCAGGGAUCAGAAGUGCUGCAGCCUGAGGCUGUUGUUCCUGUGCCAGUCACAGGGCCAGGUGAGCCACCCUCCUGUUCUCAGGUGCAGAGAGCUCCUGCAGUGCCAGCACAGGGCUUAAAUAUAGCACUGAAGAAACAGGCUUUUGGCAAAGUGCAGCAGGUCUAAGGGAAGGAUCUAUAAAGAGCAUUUUGGAGACGGUUGACUCUGUAGCUUUUCUUUUUUAAGGAAUAACACACAAACCCAGUUUGCUUUUCUAUGAUCUUCAUGUAGGGCUAAAUGUGACUUUGUCAGCUUUAAAACAACUGUGCCCAUCAGUGCCUUGUACUUUCAACAUAGGAAAACUUUGUCUCAACCAUCUUUUACUGGUAAGCAGACAAAAAAAAAUCACAUGGAAACAUGGGGAAGGGCAUCCUGCAGUACCACUUUGAGAUUCUCUCUUGCCAUCCAUCACUCCUUUCAACAGCAAGAUGCCAAAGCAGCUGCUGUGUUCUAGCUUUUGGGAAGAACCACAUUAAUAACAGCUGAGAUAGAGCUCAGUUUCACAUUGUGCAAAAAAUAUAGAAGUUACAGUAAGAACUUGAAAAUGGUUGACUUGUAGUGAGCAAAAAUUUGAAAAUUAAAGUUGUACUGGCACAGG